CCCGCUUUGCAACGGCUAAGGAUCAAACACCCUCUUCUGAUCAGCACGACCCCCGGUUUUGUUCUCAUGGAAAUCAGACCCUGCCUCCCGGCCACACUUUCUGCAGAGAUGCGAAGCUGAAUCGCAUUCCCAGCCGGGGCAGCAGAUGAUAAUGAUGUCUCGGAGCUGAUCGUUUCAGUAUCCGUUUUCUGUACGUUUCUUCUCCGUUGUUGCUCGCCACUCUCGGACUUCACACUUCCCUCCCAACAUGCUGGAUUUGGCACGGCGCAUUGUUUUCUGCGCGCUGCUCGGCUCCGUUUACGCGUCGUGCCCUCAGCGCUGCGAGUGCUCAGAGGCGGCUCACACCGUGAAGUGCGUCUCUAGAGAUCUGCGGAGUAUCCCGACUGGGAUCCCCGGAUACACCAGGAACCUGUUCAUAACUGGGAAUCAAAUCGGUCGUAUCGGUCCGGAGUGCUUUAAAGGACUGGAUAAUGUGACCAACCUGUCUCUGAGCAAUAACAGAAUUUCCGAGGUGGAAUCCCAUACCUUUGCCGGACUCCGCAGCCUUCGCUCUCUGGAUCUGAGCAACAACCAGCUGGCGGUCAUUCACCCCGAGGCCUUCACAGUGCAGAACCAGUCUCUGCGGGAACUCAACCUGAGCCGAGCCCUCUACAACCACUCGUCAGUGAUGGACUUGGCCACCUCUCUCCGCUGGAGCUCCCUGGGGACCCUGAAGGGACUGGACCUUUCUGACAACAGCCUGAUCUUUUUGCCCUCGCGGAUCUUCUCCCACCUAACCAGCCUGCGGCGGCUCCAUCUUUCCAACAACUCCCUGGUGGCCAUCCACAAUUCUACCUUCUCUGGUUUGGAGCACCUGGAGGAGCUUGACCUGACCCUCAACGCCCUCAAGACGGUCCCAGAGGAGGGCCUGCGAGAGCUGGACUCCCUGCCCAGCGCUUCUCUUCUGCUGGGGGAAAACCCGUUCACAUGCAAGUGUGGAAUCGAACCUUUUGCCCUGUGGCUCAACAGAUCACAGGGACGCAUUAGAGACGCUGAGGGCCUUGUGUGCUCCUUCCCAGCCAGCAUGAGAAACACAUCCCUGCUUGCUGUGGGCACGUUGACGCUGGGGUGCCACCAGAGGAAUGCAGGGGCUGACCUUGCUCUGCAGACCUCUUACGUCUUCUUGGGUAUAGUCCUUGGCUUCGUAGGCCUCAUCUUCCUUUUUGUACUUUAUCUCAACCGCAGGGGGAUCAAGAAGCGGGUCUAUGACAUGCGUGACGCCUGCAGGGAGGUGUGGGAGGGCUACCACUAUCGCUUCGAGAUCGACUCUGGUCCCAGGUUAUCACAGGUCUCCACGAGCGCUGACAUGUGAGAGGACAAUCACCCCUGGUGUAUUUUCUAAUGAAGCACACUCUUUUCUAAUGCAUUUAUCAGUAGCGAAAUGUAAAAACUGUACAGAUUUGUCUGUAAAUAUAUACAUAUAAUAGUGCUAAUAAUGCCUUGUUGAUGAAAGCAUGCACUGCCUAUCUUUCCUCAUUACACCACCAGUACACUCUUUUAAUACAGCGUAUCUUAGAUUCGUUGUGAACUUUGUUGAGUCAACUGAACAUGAAUGUUGUAUAGGGAGUUCAGUGAUUGGCAUUUCUUAUGUCCUUGCAUGCUCCACACAAAAACAGUGGGCUGAAGGAACCUUUUAGUUCCUUGAAAAGAGAUCUGGGGGACUUAAAAGUCCUUCUGGUCAAAAAGCGGCUAAAAGCAACAGCAAGUGCCUGAAGUCAGCUAUGUAUUGUUUUCAAAUCAAUAGAGUGAUCUGAACUGAACUCACCCUCUGCAUGGCACAUUUCAUUAAUGAUUCUGCAUCAGAUCUUGUCUUCAUGUUUAGCUUGUGAUAAAGCAACAGAAACUACAAAAACAAACCUCUGGGACUUUAAAGCACAACUGCAAAUUCAUCUUUGAACCAUUUCAAGCCCUUUGGUCUCUCUGUCCUUCAGCCCCAGGGUGCCAGAGAGGAAUUAAGCCUCCAAAGCUCUCCUAGAGUCACCACUCUGCUCCU